UCUACGACCCCGUUCACAGUACAAAACACCUUCGCACGAAGAUGGCGGGCAGAAUCUCCCAACGGACCUCAACCAUAGAGUCUAUCUACGUCAUCCGGGGUAUAGCGACACGGGCAACAUCCUGAUGGUUCUUCCUGCUUUAGAUCAUCCUCAAGGCGGUAUCCACCACGAAACUGCACGAAUCGCAUGCGCUAUUCUUGCCAACAAUAGAUAGGAGGGAUUCUUAACAGAGACAAAGACGGGUGGGCGUACUGCGGUCGGCUCUGAUGGUAUCCUGCGUAGAAAAAACUACUAUUUCCAGGUUUCUGAAAACGCUACUAAUAGUAAGCAGUCAGAAAGCUACUAUAAAUUGAGUUUAUGUAUUAAUAAUAAGAACUUAGAAAAAUAUCCCGUAGUCCCGUCAUUUGCCUACUGGCGCUUCCUGUAUGAUAACCUACCC